CCAGACACACUUACACUACAAGAAAAUGUCUUCUCAAAUCACUGCAAGCUAUGAAAAUGUUUCCAAGGUGGCAGAUCACAUCAAAAAGUUGAUAAAUAUUGAGCCAGAAAUUGGCAUCGUUUGUGGAAGUGGUCUUGGAGAGCUAGCCAACGGGGUUCAAAAUCCUACAGUUAUCCCAUAUGUAGAUAUACCCGGGUUCGCUAAUUCGACUGUACAGGGACACUCCGGAAACUUAGUUUUCGGAACUCUGAGUGGCCGGAAAGUGGUUGUGAUGCAGGGACGAUUCCAUAUGUAUGAAGGAUGGACGAAACAUGAAAUAGCCAUUCCUAUACGCGUCAUGAAGCUGUUGGGAGUGAAAACUCUGCUGUUGAGCAAUGCUGUUGGUGGAUUAAACAGAAGUCUUAAAUGUGGAGAUUUCGUUGUUUUGAAAGACCAUCUUUACUAUGCUGGUCUUGCAUUAAACGGUGUUUUAGUUGGUGAAAAUGAAGACAAAUUUGGCCCUCGAUUUCCAGCUCUUUCAGAUGCUUACGACUCCGACCUGAGAAAGUUGGCCUUACAAAUAGCGAAAGAGGAAAAUUUUGAAGAUGUUGUUCACGAAGGUGUCUACGGAAUGAAUGGUGGUCCAUGUUUUGAAACACCUGCUGAGUGCAAAAUGAUGCUCAUGACGGGUUGUGAUGUUGUUGGUAUGAGUACCAUCCCUGAAGUGAUAUUCGCUCGUCACUGUGGAAUGAAAGUACUUGCAAUUUCAUUAGUGACAAACAUUAGUGUUUUGGACGUUGACAGUAAAGUGGUUGCAAAUGCUGAAGAAGUGUUGGAGAUGGCGAACAAACGUGCCACUCUAUUGCAGUCGUGGUUUGCCAAGAUUAUUGCCAGAUUACCAUCUGAAUAAAUGUAAUGUGCAAUGUUGAUUUUUAUAACGAGAAACUUGAAGUUUUUUACCUUGUGAUAUUUUGUACUUAUUACUUGUAGUUUAUUUUCAAGAGAAUGAAUACUUUCCUUACAAAUAUAUCUAGUUCGAAAUAUUCA